AAGAAAAUCUCUAAAUGUGGCUGUGUAUCGAGCAAAAUAUGUAAAUUUUUCUAUGACGUCACGUGUACAAAGUUCAAACUGCGCCGUGUAAAGUCAUAUGUAAACCCUGUUAACGCCUGGCACAAUACAUGACGGUAUGCCAUUAUUUGAAACAAAUUCAAUGUGCAAUGAUAACUCACACACUCUGCUCUUGUGGACAUGGAUAAUGGAGACUCACUACUGGAGGAUUUAGACCAAUCUGAUCUGUUUGGAAACCACAGUGAAGGAAAUGGGUCUCUUUUCAACUGGGCUGAUGAAUUCCUUGGUGACGAUCAUGAUCCUUCAAACCUUGCCCUGGAUGCGGGUAACCUAGCAACCAAUGUAAACUCGACCUAUCACCUCACCUCCCAGAACUAUGCAGUCACGUCCACAAAUCCCCUUCAGUUACAAAGCCUAUCCUCUCAGCAUCUCCCCACCCAGGCAAAUGCCGGAAUCACAGUUCUCCAACAAGGUUUUGUGUCGUCUUCCCAGUCUGAUGGCUCAAGUUCCCAGAUGCUUAGUCAAGAUGGUCAACAUGUGCUACUGAAGACUGCUUCAGGACAGCAAAUCCAGGUGACCCGACAGAUGCACCUGCAGCUGCAGCAACAACUACUGCAGCAGCAACAACAGCAGCAGUUGCAGCAACAACAGCAGCAACAGCAGUCAAGUGGUUUCAGUAACCAACAACCUGUAACUCUCCUUGGCCGAUCUGUGACUCCCAACUCUGGCAUGGCACUUUCCUUUACAAAUACUCAGUCUAUUUCACAAACAUUGUCCCAGCUGACGAGCACAAGCCCUGCACCAAAUAUGAGCGUACUCCAGCUACCAGCAAGCAUGCAGCAGCAUCAGAAUCAGAUGCAGGGCCCACAGCAAAUACAGUUUUCAAAUGGCACCAUUCUGCAGUUGCCCUUUGCAGGGGCCCAAAGUGGGCUUAUUCAAGGUCAGACAGUCCUUGGAAACCAGCAGAGCACAAUGGUGAAUGCACAGAAUGCUGUGAUACAGAAUCCUAAUAUUGUGAAUGUCAACAUGGGUACGCAACAAAUGCUUCAGACACAACAAAGGAGUAAUUUUCAGCUGGCAAAUUUUCAAACUGCACCCCAGCCACCAUUUAAUAUACAAGGAACACUGAUCCGUACCGCUGAAGGGAAGAACAUAUUAAUCCCGAGUCAGAACCUUGCUCAGCCAAUCAACAUCCAGGGUCUGUCUCUUGCCACGCCCUUACAGAUUCAGCAGCCAUCUCAGAACACUAUCUCCAGCGUGCUGUUGUCACAGCCACAGCCCUCUGGACUUACAAUGGAUAACAGGGCAAAUCAAGGACUUCAGCAGAUAGUGUUGAAUCACGGGGGUAGGCAGCUUUUGUUGCAGAGUGGUGCGGUGACGGUCAGUCAGCAGCCCCAGAACAUUGUGGUGCGAGCUGCCACGGCCCAGCCCAAUAUCCUUCAGCUGCAACCCUCACAGCAGAUACAGACCCUCACGGCCCAUACUAUGAAUCAGCCUGUGCGGCUGAUGAACCAGUCAGGUCAGAGUGCCGUUACCAUGGUGAACAUAGGCGGUCAGAACAUUCCACUGUCUCAGCUCUCGGCUCACCUUGGAAACCUGCAGAAUCAACAUGUGCAGCAACAAGUCCCUAAGCAACAGCCACAGCAGCAGAUAUCUCACCCUUCAGCCUCAGCAAGUCCCUUGACCUUCAGUCAAGGUCAGCAGAAUGUUCCACAGCAGCUGGGCGGAGGUCAACAGAGGGUGUUGCUAGGUAAUUCUCCCAGCGUGACAUCUGUAAAUGUGAGCGGGGACAGUCAGAUGCAGAUGAUCCUGCAGCAAAUACAAGACAGCUUGAAGAAAUCACAGGCAGCUACUAAUUCUGCUGUAUCCAAGACACUACAGACCUUCUCGGCUGUUCAUGCAUUGCCAAACAUGGCUGUAACAAGCAUUAAACAGGAACCUGGUGUUGUGGCUCAGUCAAAUAGAGUUGUCACUCAGACCUUUGUACCAGCGGUUUCAGUGAAGUCUGAGGCUAGUAUUAUAGACGGCCUAAUAAAAAAAGAAGCUGAUGUUAAGCCUUUCAUGGCUAGUUGCUCUGGUGGGGCAUCUUCAAAUAUAUCUCAACUUCUUCAGAACAAUGUACAGAAUACACCAGUGACAAUCACAGUCUCAAAUGCUACCACCCCAAUGUCCUUGUAUCUAGUGUCUAAUAGUGCUCAAAAUGUAGGAGGUACAUCAUCUUCCAUAUCAAGUGCCUUAACUACUAACUCAUCCAUGACAAAUGUGCAGCAUAGUUCUAGUGACUUGGUGAAUGCUGAUACUGCAACCAUAUCAAUUCAAAGGCAACAGCCCUCUGGGGUCAUGUCUGUGCAGACUGUUCAGCUGCCGGUUGAGUUUCAGCAGCACUUUCAGCGUGUUCAACAACAAAUAAAAAAUGUUCAGGCUGCCACCAAUUUAACACAGGAGCAGAAGCAUGAGCAGCUGCAGCAACUUUACAUGUUUCAAAAGAAGAUUCUGUUAAAAGGGCGUGUAAUUUCCAGCACGAAAACAGAAGCUAAUCAGCAGCAAAUGAACAGUGUUGUUUCACAUAGUCAACCACUGUCAUUUGAUUCACAAUUGCUUACAUCCAACAAAAUAAGCUCUGUGCCAAAUCAAAUUAGUACCACCAUGCAACAAGCUGUGACAGCUUCCAAUAUCGGUCCUAAAAUGUCCACCAUGAAUUCGUCUUCAGGCCCUAUAAUGUCUAGUGGGAGUGCCUCUCCACAGUUUUUGCCAGCCCCUAGUCCUUCAUCCAGUCAUUCAUCCUUGCCUGUCAAUCACCUGCCACCCACUCCUGGGAUAAAUGUUUCCAUUGCAACACAGAGCCAGGCUGUAGAGACGCCACAAUCUAAUACUGAAGCUAGUGGAGCUCAGGUUGCUGUUCCAACUCAAAUCAAGAUCGCUGAUAAAGUGCUCACCCUCAGUCUGACACAAGCGCAGAAGGAUAAGGUUCUGUCAUACCUGGACCGUAUGAGCCCUGAGCAGCAGCAGCAGUACCUGCAGUCACAGCAGCAUGUCCUCCAGCGCAUACAGCGCCAGCAGCAGCUCAACGCACAGGUCCGUGCACAGGUUGAGGCUCAGAAGAAACUGGCAGGUCCCAGUCUGAGCCAGGCGGGGGCUGCAGAGUUUAAUGAUUCCGAAGUUUCAGUAAAAUUAGAGCCCUUGUCCAGCAGUAUGGCUACAACAGGGUUAGCCAUGCAGCCUCUGGCAGAAGUGAGGAAGAUCCCAGGGCCCAUCUCAGUUGCUGGCCUGACGCAGGUGAAGGUUGAACCAACCACAACACUGCAGAGGGGGACCAAGAGAUCAUUCAUGGACAUACCAAAGCAAACCUUAUUUAAUCAGCAGAUAAGACAGGACCAGAAUCAUGCAGUCGCCCCAGAUACAAAGAGACCAUUUAAAUCUAAAGGAGACGCCUGUAGACGACUCUUGAGAUUCCAUGUUUUUCAGAGUUAUGGCCCUUGUGGGACUGAUUUUGAUAAAUUUGACAGUAACUUUGGUGAUAUAUCAGACGAUCUCUUGCAAAGGAAAGACAAAAUGCUGGAAAAAUUCAGACAUCUUCUUUUUCAAGAAACAAUUAGGGAACAACCAUCUUCAGAGCUUGUGAUGUUGCAACGAAUGCAAAAUCAAGAACUAAGGAAACUAAUUGAAGAGGAACGCCAGCAAGUCAGCAUUGAUCCUGCUUCAUUCAGACCGAUGCCGCUGCGCUACCUAUGCAACAGUGCCGAUGGACAGACAAGCAGAACAGAGAGUGAGAGGUGCGAGAGUUUGCAAGCAGAGCAUAUGGACGACACUGGGAGUGACAAUGGUGUCAAUCUGGAUUGUAGCUAUGAUGAUCAUGUUGACGUCAUUGAUGACGGUGUCAAAGAAGUUGGAGAUUCUGAGGUAAAGGUGCGAAAACUGGUGAUAAAAACUGACGGAAUGAGGUUCAGUAGUACGUUUAAAAGAAACAGUUUGGACCAUUCCUUUACGAGCUGCAGUGAAAUGGGGGAGGAAAGUGAAAGUGGUGGAGAAGUGGAUUCUCCGGAGAAGACAUCUCAUUACACGGGGCUGUAUGAUCCUCGAAGCAGUGUAGACAAUAGUGAUGAGGAUACCAAUGAAUAUUCAGGUGAUAACACAUGCAGUUUUGAGGAGGAAACAAAACAGGCUGCUAUUCUCAUUUCUUCCGCAGAGGAAGGAGAGAAUUCCCAGCUUGAUGAUGUUUAUAGCUUCGGCAACUCCAACAGAAUGUCUGGCCAGUCAGCUGUUGAUAUAAACAGUGAAAACAGACAAAAUUAUGAACUCACAGAUCAAUCAUUCCACCGUAGUAAUCACUAUGAGUCUCUGAAUUCUGUGGAGCAGCUGACUGGCUUUGACCCCAGCAACGACGGCUACAUUCCAGACCAGUCACCUUUGUCUGACGCAGACACGGGUGACGAGACUUUUACACAGAAGACAGAGGAUUCUCUUGAUCAGUUUGACAUGUAUCAGCCUAUCACGGAGUGCCUGACAGAUAGUGAAGAGAACUCGUAUAUUCCGACAGCAGGCACUGAUCGGAGACAAUCAGUGGGUAGCAACAUUAAUUCUGCUGGUAGUAAUGCCCAGCUGUAUGAGUCGGAUCCGGAAUCGGACCAAGAAGUGAAGGCUCAAAUGGAGAGUGCAAUACAUUCUAUUCUAAGUCUUAGUAGUGGCGAUGCUCCACCAUCAGUAUUUAUGUAUAGCGGUAGUCAACAAAAUCAUGUUCUAACAAAUAACCAGGUACGACCGCUGUCAAGUGGUCACAGGAACAGUGCUGCUCAUUUAAGUUCCAUAGAUAAUCAAAUGGUAGAAUUUGAACAUGAUCUUGAUGAUGCUGUGAAUAGUAUUUUGAUUUAAUGUGGAAUUUUUUAAUAUAAUUUGGAUGCAAAUUAACACUGUGAAAUCUAUCUUUUAUGCACAAUGAGAUUGAAUGUGUUCUCUUAAGUAUAUCUUUAAGUGUCUUUAAUAACUGUACAACGAUUGCUUCAAAAAUGUUUUAGUGCUGUUAAAAUGAUCGCAUGAUGAAGGACUGGUUUCCUACUAUAGUAUUGAAGUUUAAUAUAUAUUUUUUUAAGUUCAAUUGCUAACUCAAACCUGUACAAGUUUUGCAGCAGGACUGCUUGCCAUGUUUCAAAUGUAUUUAUUUAAGCAAUAUGCUUACAUUCUGUCAAUUUUUUACUGCAGCAGUGCUCCAGCUAGGAUUUAAAAAGAGCAGGGUGGCUUUUUUGCCAAAAGGGCACUUUCGACGCGUAGAAUUUUGUCAAAAGGGCACUUUCGAGUGCACGGGCUUUUCUGGAAUGCUUCCACAUGCAUUUUAAUUUAUAUGUUAUUAAUAAUUGUUAGAAUAUAUUAUUCCCAUUAUUAUUAAACCAUUUAAAUAUAAUGUCUACAAAAUGAAAUAAAUUAGUUACUUGUAAUGUAAUACGAGAUUUAUCAAUUAUCAUAUGUAAAAAAAUAAAAUAAAAU